GUAACAUAAAUCAGCUGAUUCAAUGGCCAAGUGGACUGAAAUUAGUGUAAGCCUUAAUGAAGAACUAUAAACGUUCUCACUUAAAUAACAUACACAAUGAAUAAAAGGCUGCUUAAAAAUGUGAUAGUCUGCGCGACAAUAGCCACGAGCGCCUACUAUACCGGCAAAUACGUAGAACAUCACCGGCUGCCAGAACCAGAAGACGAUUUAAUAACACGCGCAAAUCGUAGACUGGAUGAGCUGAAGCGCCAGCCUGCGCUACCCAUUUUCGGCACCGUAUCCGCUGCAGUCCCAGUACCUGCCGAGGAAGUGAACCUCACUGCCACACCAAGGCGCAUUUCACAAAUCAUGAAAUACGGUUUUCCCGGUCUUGAUCAUGUGCGUUCUUACUCUGAUUUUGUGCUCUCCUACGAUCGCCGCAACCGCGUGCCACAUUGGGUUUUUGAACAUCUUACCCCUGAGUCGGUGGCACGCAACGAUGCUGUCGAUCGUUCGAAGUGCGAUUUCCGCGCCGAUGAAAGCAUACAUCCCUACUUCCGUGCCCAGAAUACCGACUAUCGUCGUUCUGGCUAUGAUCGCGGUCACAUGGCUGCGGCUGGUAAUCAUCGGCGCCAUCAGAAACACUGCGAAGAUACAUUCUUCUUAACGAAUAUGGCGCCGCAAGUGGGACAGGGUUUCAAUCGCGACUCAUGGAAUCGCUUGGAGAUGUACGUGCGUAAACUAACACAGACAUAUCCAAAUGUUUAUGUUUGCACUGGGCCACUGUAUCUGCCACAAAAGGAGGCCAAUGGCAAGAUGUAUGUAAGAUAUGAAGUAAUUGGCGCCAACACUGUAGCGGUACCGACACACUUUUACAAAGUCAUUGUGGGUGAAACUGCGGACCAGCAAUUCGAUAUGGAGGCGUAUGUGAUGCCCAAUCAAGUUAUCAGUGAUGACACGCCGCUGCAGGUGUUCCAAGUGCCACCAGAGACAGUAGAACGUGCGGCGGGUUUGCUGUUCUUCGACCAAAUCAACCGAAAACAACUUAAGCGCAUCAACGGCAAGAAAGUGUAAAUGAAAGUAGAUCAAUCGGGGCAAAGUGCAAUUCUAUAGACUUAUAGUUCAAAUCAGCAGGAGCGAAAUUUCCCUCCGGCAUCGAUUUAAGUUUUAAAUUUUCCGUUGUAUAUUUCAGUCUUAUCCAAUAAAUAUGUAAAAUUGUA